ACGUGCGACAAACCCAUGGCGAAACGCUUCGCCCAGUCUGUCGCACACGCAACUCUCCUCCUCCACGCGCGCACCGCUUUCCUCCUCAAGCUCGCAAUCAUAUACACAUACACCUAUACAUACAUAUAUACAUACACUCUCUUCCUCUCCUUUACAACUUCAUUUCUCAGGAACAGUUAACACCGCCGUGGCCUCCUUUUUCAAUAUUUUCCGCUCGAUUAAUGGCGCUAUGUGGGGUUGGCUUGAGUCCAAGUUUUGAAAGUUUUGAAGUAGUUUGUGUUAGUGGAAACUUGUCGACAAGACUGAUCAGACCGAGCCUUAUGCGGACCAUUGGAAAGACAUCGGAUUGGAAGAGGAGACCGUGUUUGGGAGUCCGUUGUUCAUCGCUGAAAAUGGAGGAGAAUGCUCCAAGUGACUUGUCUGUUCCUGUGGAGGAAGAUUCAGGGCAUGUCAUAAGGUUCAAGAUCUCUGAUUUCAAGAUUCUUGACCGUGUUAGUGCUGGCCUUGGUGGUCGGGCAGGCGAAGUAGUUUUUGAAGCUAUAGUAAAGGAUACUGAUAGCCCUUUGUAUAAUACACAAGUUGUACUUCGACGUCUUACUAGUGUUCGUGCUCAGCGUAGGGGUAGACGAGCAAUAGAGGUGUUAAAGAAGUUAGCUCGUCGUAGACUCAUGUACCAUUCUUAUUCAAUGCAAGUGCAUGGUUACAUCUCUUCAGCUACAAGUAGUGGUCGUUCCUCAUUCACUCUGGUCCAUGGGUAUCAUGGUAGUUUUUCUUUAAGACAUUGGCUACAACAAUCGGAUUGGCUCCCAACCUUGGAGGCUACUCUUGCAUUGGACAAGGAAUCUGUUAGAAAAGUGGGAGAUGACACAGUUGGAGGAUCUGCAGUUUCUCGGCAACUACGAAUGACUAGAAUAUUGAUGAGAGAUCUCUUAAUCGGAGUGAACUACUUGCACAGCCAUGGACUUGCCCACACGGAAUUGAGGCUGGAGAACGUGCACAUAAGUCCAGUGGAUAGACACAUUAAAGUAGGAAUAUUAGGUAGUGCUGCUGACUUUUAUGAGGAUCGCCCAGAUGGAACUAUGGAUAAUAACUUGGAUAGGCGACAAAUGAUGAUUGCAUUUGACAUGAGAUGUCUUGGAUUCAUGGUGGCAAAAAUGGUGCUGCAGGAACUUAUGGAUCCUGUUAUAUUCGCAAAGUUCAAGUCAUUUCUCACAAAGGGAAAUGACCCUUCAUGCUUGCGUGAAUUUUUAUUGCAAAUACUCCAUAGAAAUUCCUCAUCUGGAAAUGCUGGACUGCAAAUACUUGAUAGGAAUUGGGGUGCAGGGUGGAACCUUUUAUCCUUGUUGCUAGCAACAAAACCUUCUAAAAGAGUAAGUUGCUUAGAUGCUCUUACACACCCAUUUCUAUGUGGUCCUCGGUGGCGGGUAGUCCCAUCCAUUGAUGUCAUCAGAUGGGGACUUGGCUCAACUGCAAUGCGAAUCUCAGAAGAAUAUAUUUACGGCCAGCCUCAGCGUAGCAGGCUAUCUCACUUCAUCGAGUUAAUGGAGAUGCUAAAUCCUCAUUCAAGGCCAAAGAAUUGGCUGGAAUUGCUGCCAGGAAAGUGGCGUCUGUUGUACUGUACUGGAAGGCACAUUGGUUUAACCUUUCGGCAACCUCCUGAACAAGUCCUCAUUGGCCAUGUACACCUAACUGUAUCAAGCAUAUCGAAGUUGAACAUGAACCUGUCGUUUACCUCUGACAUUGGCUUCACAGUCAUGACCGGCAAGAACUGGCCCCAUGACAAGACUGGUGUAGAGGGGAAACUGCAAGUAAACUCUUUAUUUAGAUUAAUGGCCGGGAGACGGUUAUAUCUCAAGGAAGAAGAAAAUAGCACAGGACAACUCUCCUUCAGCCCAUCUAAUGCUCGCGACGCCUUUGCUCAGAAAUUAUCAGGUGGAAAGUGGAGGAAAGCACUCCCAUUUAAGGAAUCUCCGUCAAGCCUGCCAGUGGCAAAACUCCUUUCAAGCGGCGUUGAUGAUGUAACACUGAAUCUCGGUGAUCCAUUGAGUAAAAAUCUCAAUAGCGCAGGAAAUGUAGUUCAAGAAAUUCGAAUACAAGUCCCGCCUGAAAUGUUCGAUUUGUCGAAGCUCGCGUGUGGAACAUACGUCGACUCCAGACUGCUCGUCCUUCGUGGGGUAAAUGGUUCUGCACUCUUUUUUACACGGUCUGGUUUCGAUGAAAGUUGUUAAAUAACAAUUGUUCCGAGUUUAAUUAUCAAGUUGUCGUCUCUUUUGUUAGUGAUAGCAAUUCGGAGAAACCA